AUGUCGUUAAAAGAAAAUUGUAGAGAAAGAAUAUUUAGUGUAAUAGAGAAAAUAACAGAAAUAAGCAGAUACGUUAUUAUGGUUGUAGAUAAGAAUGCUUAUAAAAUAUUAUCAAUGAUUUGCAAAAAUGAAGAACUGUUAGAAAGGGGAGUUUCUUUAAUAGAAUUAAUUGACACCAAAAGAAAUAGUUUACAAGAUUUUGAUUGUAUAUAUUUUAUAAGCUCGAAUAUUCAAUCGGUUGAUAUGAUAUUAAAUGAUUUUAAAGAUGAGAACAAUUCAAAAUACAAAAAUAUUCAUAUAUUGUUUACCUCCAAUAUAGGAAAGAACAGUGAAAUACUUGAUUUAUUAGCUACUAACGAUUUUAUGUUAAAAAAAAUAAAAAGUUGUGCUUGCAUAAAUUUAAAUUUCUUAGCUUAUGAAAGUAGAAUUUUUUAUUUUGAAAACAAUUUAAAUUUAUAUGAUUAUUAUCCUUUAAAAAAUUCGGGUAUUUUAUUUGAAAUAUCCUCUAAAUUACUUUCUGUGUGUUCAUGUUUGAAAAUAUGUCCACAAAUACGUUAUCAAAAUUCGGAUUUGUGCAGAAAAUUUUCAGAAAUAUUUUAUAAUAACAUGAAAACAUCAGACACAGCAAGAAAUAAAGGCCCUAGUGACGAUUUAAUAUUAAUAUUAGAUAGAUCUAUUGAUAGUUCUAUUUUAUUUAUACAUGAUUACUCCUAUCAAAGUUUGUGUUAUGAUAUUUUAAAAAUUAAUACACAAAAUGAUGAAGAGGCAGGAACACGAGAGGGAAAAGAAAAAGAAGAGGCUCAUACAGUUUCUUUCGAAAUUACAAAUAAUGAUCAAAAAAAAGAGCAGAAAAAAGCUGUCUUAUCUGAAGAUGAUAGUUUAUGGUUAAAAUAUAGACACAGUCAUAUACAAGAAGUGAAUGAACAUAUAAGAAAUGAAAUAUCUGCUUUUACUGAAAAAAAUGCAGUUGCCAAAAUUCAGAAGAAAAAUAUUCUAAAUCCGAACGAAGCUUUGGAUGCACUGAGAUCAUUACCACAAUAUGAAAGUAUGAUAGAACAAUAUUGGCUUCAUGUUUAUUUAUGUGAUAGUUGUUUUAUUAUUUUGCAAAAUAAAAGUGUUGUGGACGUUGGUUUAAUUGAACAAGACAUAUGCUGCAAUGUGGAUAAAUAUGGAAAAGAACUUACUCACUCGAAAAAUGUGAGUAGUUUAAAUUCAUUAAUCACUAGUACUGAUUACGAUCAAGAAGAAAAAGCGAGAUUAUUAUUGCUAUAUUUUAUUAAUUAUAUGAAUAUAAAUGAAAAUGAUAAAAUGAAAAUAAUAGAAUCUGCCCAACUCGGUUUAUUUAUGCAAAAGUUCAUAAAUGAAUUUUUAAAAUUAAAAUUACAUUUGAAUUAUAUGUAUAUAGAUGAAAACUUAUCAUCCUCAAAUAGAGUUUACCAUAUAUUAGAUAAAAAUAAAAAAAAAAUUAAAUACUACAAAAAUGUUGCUAGAAAUUCCAAAUAUGAAUUAAGUAGACAUGAACCAAAUAUAAGAGAAAUAAUUUUAGAAAUACAUGAAAACAUUUUACAUAAAGGGUUGUUCCCCUUUGUAGAUGAUAAUAAUAAUAUAGAUCCAGAUGUAAAAGACAUAAAUUCUUCCCCUGAAAAAAAACAAAAUGUGUCAAGAGGAACAGUGUGGGAGUUCAGAACGGAGUUAAAAAAAAAAGCGGAAGAUGAAAAAAAGAAAAAAAUUAUUAUUUUUAUCAUUGGUGGUAUAUCCUUUCCUGAAAUCAAACAUAUAUAUGAGUUGUCAGAGAAGUUAGACUUAGAUAUAUAUUUGGGUGGAACGGCAUUAUUAACUAGCAACAUUAUUUUUAAACAAUUUAAAGCAUUUUCGAACUUUUAA